AUGCACCGUCAAGGCACCGUCCGAGCUCCGCUUUCCCGUAUUGUUGAUCGUAAGUAAUUGCCGGAAAUGCGCAUUGCUUUGUUAUUUUUUCUGCAUGCGUCAAAUUGUCAGAAACAGAAGUGCAUUCGGUGAUUUCCAUCCACCCUUCAUCCCAUUUUCUUUUCUCUCGUCUCGAGACGUCGUCGUCGUCUGUCGUUUCGUUCGAAAAAUAUACAUUUCGGUGUCAAAAACAAGUAUUCGUUCAACGUCAGCAGCUAGCUAUUCAAGAAUGGCCUGUUAAUUGGUCGUGCCUGGCGAGCGACAAACCGCCAAAUGUUGUGUGCUCCAGAAUUCUCGUCGUCGUCGCAAAUUCGUAAUUAUGUUAGAUAGAGCCGUUCCCAAAUGUUAGUGUUUGCCCGGCGAGAAAAGAUGGAUGUCGUGCUCUUGUGUCGGGUAGACAAAUCGUAGGCGAAGGAAAAUAGCGAAAAUGGGAAUAUGUCCGGGGAAAAAAAGAAAAAGAGAAAGAGAAAUUGAUUCGGUUUGCAGCUCACCAGAAAGUUCAUUACACUGCUUGUGGAUGGAUUAUUACGGUUAUCAGUUAUCUCAUCGUUCUCUUCACUUUGCCCCUCUCCGCAUUUUUUUGCCUUAAGGUAAGUUUGAAUCUCAGUAAGUAGCUGUAAAUUAAGAAAACGCUUCAGGUAGUUCAAGAGUAUGAGCGUGCAGUUAUAUUUCGUUUGGGUCGUCUGAAACACGGCGGAGCAAGAGGACCCGGCAUAUUCUUCAUUAUUCCAUGCAUAGAAUCGUUCAAGAAAAUCGAUCUUCGUGUUGUGUCAUUCGAUGUUCCUCCCCAGGAAGUAUGAAAAACGUUGGAACGUUCACGUGUAAUUUUCAUAAUUUUCAGAUUCUCUCGAAAGAUUCGGUAACUGUUUCGGUGGAUGCUGUAAUAUACUUCAGGAUAUCCAAUGCCACCGUCUCGGUGAGUCGUCUGUCUCUCCUCUUUUUUUGGGUAUUCCAUCUAAAAAAAAUGAGUAUUCAAUCCAACCAUUUCAUCUCACAAUUCCAUUAAAUUUCCUCGGUCCUGCUCCUUCGCUCUUUUCCUUCUUUUUUCACGCAACUAUAUACUUUUGCGCUCGUCUCCCCUUCAUCGGUUUGUUGGGCGACCACGCCGCAGUCCUCUUUCUCUGCCGCGCUCCCUCUCUGUUUAUCUCUGACCAACUGGGCACCCCUCUCACGUGCUUCCGUGGCGCAAUAGGCAGCGCGUUCGGCUGUUAACCGAAAGGUUGGUGGUUCGAGCCCACCCGGGAGCGAAACUUUUUUGCAUCCUCUAAACAAGUGUAUCUUAUCGAUGAUUUUGCUUAGGUUAUCAACGUGGAAGAUGCAGCCAGAUCUACCAAACUACUCGCUCAAACCACAUUGCGUAACUUUUUGGGAACUCGGACGUUGGCUGAGAUGCUAUCCUCAAGAGAUGCCAUUUCUAUGCAAAUGCAAGCCGCGCUUGAUGAAGCCACUGAUCCGUGGGGCGUAAAAGUGAGAUUAUCCUCACAAUUCGAAAACAAUUAUUGUUUUCCAGGUCGAGAGGGUUGAGAUCAAAGAUGUUCGUCUUCCAAUACAACUUCAGAGAGCGAUGGCCGCUGAGGCCGAAGCAGCGAGAGCCGCCGGCGCAAAAGUAUCCUAUGACAAUAAGUGUCACUUUAAAAUUAUUUGUUUGCAGAUAAUCGCUGCCGAGGGAGAGCAGCUCGCGUCCAGGGCAUUGGCCGAUGCCGCCGAUGUGGUACGCGUUAAUCAUUCGGGGAUGCGUCUUGAAUUUUCUUUUCUGUUUUCAGAUUGCACAAUCGCCAUGCGCCAUUCAACUCAGAUAUCUUCAAACAUUGAAUAGCAUAAGGUAAAACUUGAACAGAACUUUUUCCGAUUCCAACAAUUUUUGUUUUCAGUUCGGAGAAGAAUAACACAAUCAUCUUCCCGUUCCCAACCGAACUGAUUGCGAAGUUCUGUCAAUCUGCUGCCUCGUGA